AUGUUCGCGUCGCCUACGCGGGGAUGUCGUCUGUACCGUCGAGCAAGGCCGACGAUUCUCGCAACACUAAUCCUGUAUGCAAUAUACUGGUUCGUAAUGCACACACCUGUUGGUGGUCAGGGCUCGGCACCAAGGGGCAGCAAGACUGUGAAAACGAGGCCUGCUGGUGAGCAGUUCGCAUCCCAGCUUUCCGGCCCUCUGCCCCCGCUGGGCGUUGAGAGAGAUCUGGUGGUUGCCAGUAUGACGACGGACAAUACGACGUGGCUGUUCGAGUUCUUCCCAAACUGGCACAAAAGCAUAUACGUUGUGGAUGAUAAAAGUGCCGAAUUGACGGUCGAGAAGAACAAGGGAAGGGAGUCGAUGGUAUAUCUGACAUACAUCAUCGACAAUUACGACCAUUUACCGGAGUAUAUGCUCUUUAUCCAUUCGCAGCGGUACCAAUGGCAUAACGAUGAUCCGUACUAUGACGGCAGACCCAUGAUCGAGAACCUCCAGAUACCGUACCUGCAAGAACAGGGCUAUGUCAACUUGCGUUGUGCUUGGAUCCUUGGCUGCCCAGAGGAAAUCCACCCCUUUACGGAUCUUCACCGGGAGGAUGUUCAUGCAGGUGAAUACUUCAAAACUGGCUUCAUGCAGCUCUUUCCAGGCGUGGAAGUACCGGAGGCGGUUGGCGUGUCGUGCUGUGCGCAGUUUGGCGUGACGAGAUGGAAGGUCCGGGAACGGCCAAAAGCGAGUACGAGCGCUACAGGAAGUGGCUUCUGGAAACGCCACUGGAAGAUGAUCUCAGUGGCAGAAUCAUGGAAUAUUCAUGGCAUAUUGCGAGGGACGAUAUGUUCUACCGCCGUUUUCGACAUUGCCUGA